AUGCAGUUGUAUCUUAAAGUGUGAUCGGUGGUAGGUGGAUACUGUUUUAAUUUGUGCUUAAUUUGAGGGCGUACUCAUAGAAGGUGGUAGCGCCGUUGUGAAUUUGUGAGUUCUGAAAAAAUGUGGAAAACAAGGAAUAAACUACUAAUCCUCCUGUUAACGCUUCUGAAUGAAGGGCGGUGUUCAUUUGAAUCCCAACCCCAAUUUCUGUUCGAGAAUGGAUGUUUAGCUAUAACUUCGGCUGAAAACCGUAAUAUAACGUUGCGUUUAAAAGGAUCUUCUACUUUGAAUAUUAACGAUGUGAACGUUGUGAGCAUUCUGAACGAAGCAAGCAGACAUUACAUCCCGGACAAUGUAUCCCCGAUAGAUUCCCAGAUAAGUGAGUUCAUCUCUCAAAUGGCAUCGGUAAGGGAUCGAGUAAAAACGCUGGAAGAGAGGACACGAUCAUCAAAUGUACUACGUUUUAUGGACGUUCAAAACAGAUUAAUAACGGCUUUGACCAAACUUAAUCGCGUACAGGCUGAGCUGUCGAGAGAUAACUGCAGAAAUCAGCCAUGUAAAAACGGGGGCCAAUGUAUAAACUUAUACUCCACGUUUCGCUGCAUCUGCCCGAACAACUGGCAGGGAGAAACUUGUGAGGAGGAUGUCGAUGAGUGUGCUAUCUUUUCAACGGGGAAACUUGGAUGCCAAAAUAAUGCCACCUGCCUCAACUCACCUGGUAGCUACAAAUGCGUAUGUUCUUCUGGCUGGAUAGGUAUCCAUUGCACAGAAAAGAAAGCGGAUUGUUUUUCAUCGCCACCAGAGGAGCUUUGUGGCAAUGGAGUAUGUGUAAGUGCCAAAAACGAAUUUGGUUAUGAUUGUAUUUGCAAUCAAGGCUGGCAGAAAAGUGCUAUUUCAGGAUCUUCGUCAAAUAUGUCAAUUCCUUGCACAACUGACAUAGAUGAAUGUUCAGCGCCAAACUCUCCGUGCAUGUCCACCUGCAUAAAUACUCCUGGAUCUUUCAGAUGUGGCCCUUGCCCUACCGGCUUUACUGGUAAUGGAUUUCAUUGCACUGAUAUAAACGAAUGUUUGGUAAACAACGGAGGAUGCAGUCUCUCACCCCGAGUGCUUUGCAUAAAUACCGAAGGAUCUUACAACUGCGGUAGUUGCCCAUUGGGUUGGGCUGGAGAUGGAAAAACAUGCUCCAAACUUGACUCUGAUAUAUGCAAUGGGAAUAACAUAUGCCAUCCCCAGGCGUCAUGCCAAGUGAUCUCUGACACUGUUGUGUGUACAUGUCCGAGAGGUAUGACUGGGGAUGGUUAUGGAAUAAAUGGAUGUAGGAUUGCAGUAAAUGAUCCCUGCAACCCCAAUCCAUGCAAGAAUGGUGGAACGUGCACAAAAUCUGGCAAUAUUUAUACCUGCACUUGCCCUCCAUCAACAAGCGAUCUGGUUGCAUAUUCACCUGCAAGGAAUUGUGAAAUUCAAGAAGAUCCCUGUGCCUCGAGUCCCUGCCUCAACGGUGCAACUUGCAUAUCCAAUAUGACUUCUCUAACCUUCACCUGCAUUUGCCCACGUACUUUAACUGGUCAAUUCUGCACAGUUGAUAGGCGAGGUUGUGGAAGUGUUUAUAGGGCGACUACCGGCGUUCUUAAAUUCCCGGACACUGGUAACUACGAUCACAACGAUAGAUGUGCAUGGAUCAUUCAAACAACUAGAAACAAAGUAUUGAAUGUUACUUUUAAAAGCUUCGAUUUAGAACCAUCGAAAGGCUGCGUUAAAGAUUGGUUGCAAAUUCAUGAUGGACGAUCAUCACCAUCGCAAAGGGUUGGUCGGUUUUGUGGAUCAGAACUGCCCAAGGGUGGAAACCUAAUAUCUACAGAAAGCUCAAUGCUUUUGUGGUUCGUUUCAAACAAUUCAACUUCAAGUAAAGGUUUUGAGUUGAGUUGGAAUAGUAUUGAUCCCGUCUGCGGAGGAAAACUGAACAUUGAGUCACAUGGAACAAUAACUUCCCCAGGAUACCCUGCUAACAGUCCACCAAAUAGACAAUGCAAAUGGACUUUAAAUGCUCCGUUUGGGAAAGUAAUUCACUUGGUAUUCUAUGAAGUAAAUUUAGGGAUGAGAAAUUCCUGCAAUACUGAAUUUUUGGCGAUUUACUCUGGAAGAACAACUUCAGGCGAACUAUUAGCGAAAUUCUGUAAUUCAACAUCACCCGGACCUAUUCGUUCCCCAUCACAUCAAGUUACGAUUUAUUUUGAAACUGAUGGAGCCUAUUACGAUAGCCUAUUUCAACUUCACUAUUCGGUAGUUGAAGGAGUUAUUGGCUGCGGAGGUCUCUUCACAAGUAGAAGCGCAGAGUUUGAAUCCCCACAAAUAGAUAAUCGAAAAGGAGAGUCUAUUACAUGCGAAUACUUCAUUCAACAACCAGAGUAUACUUUCAUUAAACUUCACUUUCCUGAAUUCAAUCUGAAACAGGAUCCUUUUUGUGAGAUGGAUGCCAUUGAGAUCUACGAAGGUGAUCCACCAGCAUUACAAGGACGAUGGUGUGAGGCAGCACCUCAGUAUAAUUCAACUUCCAACAGCAUACUGGUCAAAUAUAAAACUACAGGGAUGUUAACCUCAUCUUUUCGCGCUCGUUACGAACUAGGAUGCGGAGGAACAUUUUCUAAUAGGACUGGGUCGAUAAAGUCUCCUGGUUUUCCAAACAACUAUUUGAAUAAUUUAUAUUGUGUAUAUACAAUUGAAGCACCAGUUGGCUAUGCAGUGGUAUUAGUCUCUGUCUCAUUCCAAGUGCAAGGGCAAUUGUGGCAUGAAGUUGUCCUUGCACGACUUUUUGCAAGAGUUGUGCCCAAUGAAACGUGCUUAUCUGAUAGUUUAACUGUCUUUGAUGGCAUGAUUGGUACUGAUAAUGACUUGGGACAAUACUGCUCAACUAAUAUGCCCGUCAGAAUUGCCUCAAAGAUGAAUCGGAUGGUGCUAGUAUUCACUACAAAUAGUUACAUCACUGACAAAGGAUUUUCUUUCGUUUAUACCUUUAUCAAUGUAAAAUGCGGUGGAAUAAUGAAAGAAGAUAAUGGUGUAAUAGAAUACAAGUACACCGAUGAAGAAACCGUGGUCGGCGAUCGAAUAUGUCGUUGGAUAAUAUCAGCACCUCCAGGGAAUGGGAUCGCUCUCACCAUCAGCCAAUUUGACCUAUUCCAAUCAGAAAAUUGCACCGAAAGUUAUUUAGAAAUCAUAAAUAAUGCCACAUUCCGAAGCGACAUUGUUGGAAGGUAUUGUGGUGAAUCCUAUAAACCAUAUGAACGGGUUAGUAGCAAUCUCCUUACUUUGGUGUAUAGAUCUUCACGAAUAUCAGAUCAAUUCAAACUCUCAUACAAAUUCCACGAUGAGCGAUACGAUUGUGGUGGGAAUUAUUCAACUCCCGCAGGUUUCAUACGUUCCCCUGGGCAAAUGGGUGAAUAUCUGCCAUCCAAAGAUUGUGUGUGGAUUCUUGAAGCUCCACUGGGGUCGCAAAUUGAGUUGAAUGUUGAAAAAUUUUCUAUUGAAUCUAGUGAAGAGUGUGCAUUUGAUUUCCUGGAAAUCCGAAAUGGAAUGACAAGCUCAUCGCCCCUAAUAGGAGUAUUUUGUGGACAAAACAUACCUAAACGAAUACCCUCAUUUACAAAUCAUUUGUAUCUACAUUUCCAUUCGGAUUCAUCCCAUAAUGCUGGUGAAUUCCUUCUUCAAUGGGAUCGAACUUCGUCAACAUGUGGCGGCAUUCUGGAUUCCUACAGUGGAUCAAUACAAUCCCCCCAUUAUCCUGAAUUAGUUUCAGGUGCAUCGAAGUGUAAGUGGCAUAUAAUAGUCAACAAAGGGUCGACAAUAAAAAUCCACAUUAAGCAAAUCGGAGCAUCAGGUGAUGUUUGUUCAGGGAAGCAUGUUAGAGUUUUUGAUGGUGCAAUUGCUGAUUUUAACGAAUUGGAGCUAAAUUGUGGAGCCGCCGCUGAAAGCACCAUAGAAACAUCAAAGAAUGAGGCUGUGGUAACUUACAUUUCCCACAUUGAUGAAAAUAUCGGUGGAUUCUUUUUAAAUUACACAAUGAAUUGCAUCCAUGAACUUCGCGACCGUGAUGGCAUCAUUGAGUCACCAAAUUUUCCGGCUCUAUAUCCGAAUCAAAUGAAUUGCCAGUGGAAAAUUAGUGGCGAGGAUGGAGAAAAAAUUGCCAUUGAUGUAUCACACCUGGACAUGGAGCAGCUUACAUCUAAUUCUGAUUGCCAGUUCGAUUAUCUAGAAAUCGUUCAGCUGAAAAACAAUGAAAUUUUAAGCAGAGAGAAGUAUUGCCAUACUAAACCAGAGACGAUAUCUACUCUAGGAGAACAGGCUAUUAUUAAUUUCAAAACGGAUGCCCACGAUAAAGGCAGUGGAUUCCACUUAGAAUAUAAGAUACUCGGAUGUGGAGAGACUUUGACGAAACCAUUCGGGAGGAUCGAGUCCGCGAAUUAUCCUUACUCACAUAAUGCCAAUUGUAUAUGGGUUAUUAAAACUGACAUUGGAUACUCCUUAGAACUUACUUUAAAUGUAGAGUUGAAUUCACGCGAUAACUGCAAAGAGAACAUGCUGGUGAUUUCUGCCGGACCACAGGGAAUUAACGAAGUUGCAAAAUAUUGUGAUACGACGCCUAGUCAUGUGGUGACAGUAUCCGGACAUGAAGCAUACAUUCGGUUUAGAACUGAUGGAGUGAGAGUAUCAAAAGGCUUCAAACUUAGCUACCGUAAAAUUCAAUCUAAAUGCGGGGGCAUACUUCAAGCACCCAGCGGGACAUUGUACUCACCAUACUAUCCGAAGAAUUAUGACAAUAAUCUUUACUGCGAAUGGUUCCUUAACUUCAAUAAAAUAAGAUUGGAGUUCUUAGACCUCGAUCUUGAAUCUAGCCCGAACUGCACUAACGAUUACAUAGCUUUUUACCGAAUGAGCAAUGGUGAAGAAGAACUGAAAAAUAAAAUAUGCGGAUCGGCUCCUUCAGUUUAUAAUAUUGAUAUGUUGGGCACACACACGUUAAAGGUUGUAAUGAAAACGAAUAAAGCAAUUGUGAAAAAAGGAUUCAAACUACAAUACGAAUCGCUAUGUAUGAAGGAAAUUCAAGUCGGACCUGGUGUUGGAGUAAUUAAGAAAAGAAUCAACCAGAAAUCUUGCACCUAUAGGUUACGUGAUGAUGACCCAAGUUCGAAAAUCGUUUUGACAGUAACUGAAGCAAAUUGUGAACCAGCUGCUUCAAAGGAUCCUCUGCAAAGCUAUUUCGUGAUCAACCUUUCAUCUGGGCCGAUAAAUUUCUGUAAUGAUCACCCGCCACCUAUUAUCACCGACGAUUCUGAUUUUUCUGUAAUUCUACCAAGCGGAACAUUUACAGCGACAUAUACCGCAUUUGAGAACGCUUGCGGUGGAAAAUUUGACUCUCUUCGAGGAAAGAUUGCUUCACCGCUUUACCCGAACACGUAUCCUGCAAAUAUUGAAUGUAUAUGGACUAUCGAAUGUCGACCGGGUAACAGUUUAGAGCUAUCUUUCCUUGAUAUGCAAAUUCCAUACUCUGAACAUUGCAACGAAGACUACAUAGAAGUACGAGAAGGGAAUUCAACAGGAAAACUGCUAGGACUGUUUUGCAGCAACACAUUGCCCACGGCGCUAGUUAGUUCCAAUUCAGUUUGGAUAAAAUUCCGAAGCGACGAAAAAUCAGUGGGAAAAGGCUUUCUGGUGUCAUAUAGUUAUGGUCAGUACAACGAAAUAAAUGGAACCAGAGGACGUAUUCAGUCACCUCCCCUGGGAAGAGACGAAUCUUACAAAUGGCGUAUUGUGGUCUCUCCAGGCAAUGUAAUAUUUCUCUAUGUAAAAGAAUAUAUUCAAGGACUGCAGAUAUUCGAUGGUUUCGAUGAAACUGCUUACGAGCUCACAUUGACACAAGAUACCGGAGAAAUAACAUCCUCAACUAGUGUCCUCUUUAUCAUCACCAAUCAAGAGGAACUAAAGCCCUUCAUUUUCGACUGGGAAGCAGUCUUAAGAAAACCCCGAAACGAAACCCACCACAAAUCCUGCGGUGAACGAACAAUUUUCCUUCCUGAGAAAACUUUCAUUUAUCUCCAAUCUCCCGGAUAUCCAUUUGGUUAUGAAAAUAAUGUCAACUGUGAAUGGAUUCUAACUGCAGUUGAAGGCUUCCACGCCCUGUUUACACUUAAAGAAAUCAACUUAGAGCCCACUAUGGAUUGUAUGGCCGAUUAUGUUGAAAUCUUUUCCAGCGCAGAUAUGAAAAAUUGGAAGUCUGAGCAAAAAAUUUGCUCCUCUGCGGAUCAUUCAGGGAUUGAUGUUAUACAAGGAACUCCGCAUUUAAAAGUUCAUUUCCACACCGAUCCUACAGGUAAUCUCACUGGUUUCAGUGCACAAGUGGCAGCAGUCUGUGGUAGUGAGUUAACGAAACCGCAAGGUGAAAUCCGAUCGGAAUUGUUAAGAGUCUUCACAAUGAAAUGCGAAUGGAAAGUGCAUGUUCGGCCCGGAAAGAAAAUUCAGUUUCAACUCAAAGUCACUAGUAGGCGUGAAUUAGACCUCCAAUCAUACAUAAACAUUCGCAAUGGAUUAGAUGAACACUCGCCCCCUUUGGGCAUAGGCAAAUAUUUACUUAAUGUUAAUAAUUACAGCAUUCCAUUGACCUCAUCGAAUCGGGCUUUUAUUACGUUUUCUAAUAUGUACGCAAGUCGCGUUGACUGGGUACUACUUUACAAGGAAGUAUCAGAUCAAUGCGGAGAAGAUAUAGUGCUAUCGAAUGAAAACAGUACUGCAACUAUAAUGACACCAAAUUACCCAAACAUCCCCAAUCCAUACACAGAAUGUACGUGGAUAAUCCAAGCUCCUAGUACAAAAUCAAUCAAUGUUACGUUCAAUCCACGAUUUGAUUUGUCAAGAAAGCACAAUUGCCAGGACGAAUAUUUAGAAGUGUUUGAUGGGGCUACCAGAUUAUCAAAUUUGAAAGGAGUGUAUUGCAGCAACCCGGGCGGUAUAUUUUCAACAGGAAAUUUCAUGAGGUUACAAUUUGUCACCAAGAUCCCAGAUCCGAGAAACGGAUUUAAAGCUACUAUAGGUAUUGCGAAAUGUGGUGGUACAUACACUGGAUACUCUGGACAAGUAAAAUCAUUAAACUAUCCGAAUAUUGGAGGAUAUCCUACAAACAUUGUAUGCGAAUAUAGGAUUAAAGUCAAUGAACUUUAUCGCGUUAAUUUAACAUUCAACGACAUAGACCUUCCCUACUCAGAUAAUUCAACGGAGAACGAUCACCUAAUCAUUUACCCUGUGACAAAUAAUGAAGUGGACACCAAUUACGAACUGGCGCGAGUAUAUGGUAAUAGCAAUUUAUCUUCGGUGUCAUAUGAUACAAAUGAGAUUAUGAUCAAGUUCGUCACAUUCGGUGUUAACAUUAAAUACCGUGGAUUUAAAAUUACGUUCCGUUCUCUGUACGGCCGUUGUGGUGCAUCAUUCACCACUCAAAAUGGAGAGAUUACAUUCCCUAGCCCAUUAGAACGAAAUCGGAUUCGGAUUAGUACAUGCACGUGGAGAAUAACGGUUCCAAUUGAACGCCAAGUGAAAGUGGAUAUUAUCCAGUUGGAAGCAUCAAAGAAUUUCACACUGCAGUUUUUCAAUGAUUUUAGGCCAUUCUCUCUAAUAACAACUGUUAAUUGGAAUCGUACUGAACCAAUCUACUCAACUCACAAUAAAAUGUUCAUCAGGCUUUACUCAGCAGUUGGAGUGCGAUUAAAGCUGAAAUAUUCUUCCAAUACUCCAUCUCCAUGUUCAUUGGCUCAUGAUGAAGAUAACGGCUUAAUAACGUCGCUUCCUGAAUCUAUACGUUCUUACUAUUGUGAUUACUAUUUCAAAUCGAGUGGAAAUGAAACGCUGGCCGUAUGGACCACUUUGCGCAGUCCGAGCAGGACCAUGGGGGCUUGUUUUAGGCGAGGUACAAUACGGUUUUUGAUGAACAACUGGUUAGGAAUUCGAAACCUUUGUGGGAACUACACGAAUGAGAUUCAAAGUCUUCCCAUCAAGGACAUAAUUAUUCAAACACAACGAGACCUAAGGGAAAACGUUACAUAUUCAAUGACUUAUAAGCGCCACGCCUGCGGAGGAAUAAUUGAAAAUUUAUCGGAAGGUACAACUGUGGUGAAACCUAAAUUUAACGAAGACUACGGUCAGCUUCUGUGUACUUGGCAAUUGCGUACAAUGACUGGAAAAUUAAGAAAUAUUACUAUAAACGCCAAUUUUUCGGAUAAUUGCGAUAAAGAGUAUCUAAAUGUAUACAGGAGUCACUAUGACCUUGCAGGUAACUACCGAAAACUCUGUAGGGGAGAUCCCGUAUUCAGUUACUCGUUCAGAAGGUCGGUUCUCGUCACAUACUAUGCGCAACAAUAUAAAACCAGUUCGAAUUUUUCAAUCGAAGUAGUACCACCGGAAACACCUUGUGGCGGAGACAUAGUGAUUUUGCCUUUCACUAUAGAUUUCAAAGCUCAAAAUUACAAAAAUAAUAUGGAGUGCAUGUGGCAAAUCAAAGCCUUAACCGGAUUUCACGUAGAAGUGGAAUUUAUCAAUCGCUUUUUCGUAGAGCAAAGUCAAAACUGUUCCAAAGACUACGUCGAAGUGUUAAGUAUUAAUUCAAAUGGGAGGACAUCUCUAGGGCGGUUUUGUGGACGCCAGCUGCCCGAUAAAAUAGUUUCUUACGAAAACCAGGUGCAAAUCGUUUUUCGAACCGACAAUUCAGUGACUGGUGAUGGAUUUUCUCUACGAUCAAAAGCAGUUUGCGGAGGCACUUUCAAUGUAACAGAGGAAGUUAAAUCGAUAACAUCUCCAAAUUACCCCAGGCAUUAUCCGUCGAGUUUAACGUGUAAUUAUACACUCGUUGCUCCUGUGAAUAAAGUGAUUCACAUGACACUAAAAUUAGUCGAUUUAGAAUAUUCCCCGACAUGCAAUUCGGAUAGUUUAUCUGUAUCCGAAUUUGAAAGUGCAACAGGUAUUUGGAGUUCACCAAAAUUGUUUUGUCGACUUCGAUCUCCAAAGGAGUUCCACGGAUCACAAAAAAUUAAGUUAGUAUUCAAAUCGGACAAAUAUAUUGAAGGUGUCGGAUUCGCGUUAGAUUAUAGAUUGGAAGAAUGCGGUGGUAUAGUAAAGCAAAGUAAAACAAUACAAUUACCCUACAAUGACGACAAGAAAUAUCCCAACAAUUUAGACUGCUACUGGAAUAUAACCGCACCAGAAAAUAUGAUUACUGUGAUUUCCUUCAAAUACUUCCAACUUGAAAGUUCAUACGAAUGUAGUAAAGAUUUCUUUGAAAUAUAUUCCACGGACAAUUCACAAAAAUCCGAAUCGAAACGAUUGUGCGGAAAACUACACGAUCGAAUUUCGUCAAUUAAAAGUAAUAAAACUAAUACUACCAUCCAUGUGCUCACUGACGCCUACACGGGUGAUCUAGGAUUUGAGGCGACAAUCAAUUUCAUAACUAAUUGCGACGCUGAAUACUUCCUCACUGAAAGCAAUUCAACGACAAUCAAUCAAACUGGGUUUUCAAAUAAUCUAAUUGACUGCAAUGUAAAUUUUAAUGCGCCGGAAGGAUAUCAAAUUCAACUCGAAUUUUUAAAUUUUGACUUGAAGCUUUGCACUAACUGCACCUGUAGCAAUGUCGAAAUACGCGAUGGAAAUCUGCAUGGGGAGCUGCUAACGCGAAAAUGUGGAAAUAUGCUCCCAGGCAAAGUGACUUCAACCCGAAAUGAGUUAUCCAUAAGGACGUUUGUGAACUAUAGACAAAAUUAUGUUGUAGUUGCACGAGUAACGGCUUUUAAAUCAGUUUGUGGAGCUACGGAAAUUACUUUAAAUGCAGGAUCCAAUGAGACAUACCGAUUAAAAUCGCCAGAAAUCAAUGGAUUCUAUCCAGCGGACACUGUAUGUUACUGGCACCUCAAAACAUCGAUUGGAACUAUACAUCUGCACUUUGAUAAAUUCGAUUUGCAGGCUUCCAGUGGCGGUGAGAAUGGUUGCAAAGAUUUCCUGGAAAUAAGAGAUUCAUAUGCUGAGCGUACAUUUACAGACAAAUAUCUGAGAGGACCAAUCGGCUACUAUGAUGAUUAUGAGAUUACUAAGCAUUAUAAAUAUUGUGGAAAUUCAACACCAUCCGACUAUACUUCUAUCUUCUCAACACUAACGAUAAAAUUCCAAUCAGACAGUGAAAUCCAACAUACUGGCUUUGAAAUUACAGCACAUCAUUCUUCAGCUUGCUUGAGAAAUUACACGAGCAGUGGUGGACGCAUCAAUCAGGAGGUCACAAAAUGUGAAGUGUACAUUUCAACUCCAGAAAAUUACACGAUAACUUUAUAUUUCCCCUUUUAUUGGGAUAGGGGCGAAGACUAUAUAAAGCUAUUCGAUCUGAACACGAAUCAAAGGAUAAAUAGUUCAUUGACAAGUCCGGUUUACACGGACACAAAUAAAAUUCGAAUGUCGAUCGAUAGCUCAAUAUCAAUAUUUAUUGACGUCACGUACUGGAGUACAAAUGCUGGACUGGGCUGUGGCGGAGAUUUUUAUGGCACACAUGGAACUUUAUCAAGUCCUUUAUAUCCAUCUAGUCCACGAAAUGCGACAACGUGCCGAUGGAAUAUACAAUCAGCCCAAAAUUCGAAAAUUGUCCUAUAUUUCUCUGUUUUCGAUAUGGGAGCCAAAGUCAAUUGCAGGACAGAUUAUGUACAGCUGAUUGAAGACAACUCUCAAGGAGAAGAAACGGUGAAGAGACAAUUUUGUGGAGGAGAUAAUCCCAAUCAAUAUAUCAGCGAAUCAAAUCGGCUGUCCAUUAUUUUUAAGCAAUCAGUGCACUUUGAUGGCUUAGGAUUUUAUGGGAGCUUUGAAGCAAGGAGAAGAGGAUAAGAGCAAAUUACAGAUGAAAUCAUUGUAAGCAUCGUUUAGGAACUAUAAAAUCAAUACUUGAUUGUAUGCAUUAAAAUAAAAGUAUUAAUAAACAAAUCUUAAUCAGUUUAA